UGAGAAGCGGCUGCAGAAGGGCUCUGCUGUGGGGCUGAAAGCCAAGGGUGGUGCAGGGGAAAGGAGAGACUGCAGAGCCUCAACCCCUGGGCUUCCUUCAGAGGAGGUGGCGGUGCUGCCCUCGAUCCUGGCUGUUCGCCAGGCCUGACCUGCCCUCAACGGUCUCCAGUGGCCUCUGCCAAGGCCAGCAGCGCAGACAGGAUGCUCUGCACAAAUGUCUGCACCUGAUCCUGGGGCUGACUCAGUGCUGAGAGCUCUUGUGCAGCCAAAUGCAGAUCGUAUUUUACAGUCAGACAGUCACAGCCUGGUUUGGGGUGGAAGGGACCUUAAAGCUCACCCAGUCCCAACCCCUGGUUGCCCAGUUGCCAUGGGCACGAUGCUGCUGCCAUCACAAAGCCGUGGCGCUCAUUGUGGAUUUGCCUGUUGUGACGGUGCCCCCACGGUGAGCGUGGGCUAUUUAAGGAGCCAGAGCCCUGCAGUAACCAGUGCAGAGGAGAGCCCUCCCUCGGGAGGCUGCAUCUCCUGUGGCUGCCCUGCGCAUCCAGUAGGGGUAAGGGAGAUCCCAGCCUGUCCUGGCCUCACUGUCCUGUCUGAUGAUGGGACAAGAAACAGGCUGCCCACUGAAGUGAUUGUGUCACCAUCCGUGGAGUGCCCCAUGCCCAGAGGCAGCAGAUGUCCAACGGCAGCUCCAUCACCCACUUCCUCCUCCUGCCAUUCGCAGCCACACGGGAGCUGCAGCUCUGCCACUUCUGGCUCUUCCUGGGCAUCUUCCUGGCUGCAAUCGUGGGCAACGGCCUCAUCAUCACCAGCACAGCCUGCGACCAGCACCUCCACACCCCCAUGUACUUCUUCCUCCUCAACCUCUCCCUGCUGGACCUGGGCUGCAUCUCCACCACUCUCCCCAACUCCAUGGCCAAUUCCCUCUGGGACACCAGGGCCAUCUCCUACACAGGUUGUGCUGCACAGCUCUUUUUCUUUCUCUUCUUCUUUUCAGCUGAGUUUUAUCUUCUCACUGUCAUGUCCUACGACCGCUAUGUGGCCAUCUGCAAGCCCCUGCACUACGGGACCCUCCUGGGCAGCAGAGCUUGUGUCCACAUGGCAGCAGCUGCCUGGGGCACUGGGUUUCUCAAUGCUCUAGUGAACACAGCCAAUACAUUUUCACUACCCCUCUGCCAAGGCAAUGCUGUGGAGCAGUUCUUCUGUGAAAUCCCCCAGAUCCUCAAGCUCUCCUGCUCACAUUCCUACCUCAGGGAAGUUGGGCUUCUUGUGGUUGCUGCUCUGAUUGCUAUUGGCUGUUUUGUUUUCAUUGUGGGGUCCUAUGCGCAGGUCUUCAGGGCUGUGCUGAGGAUCCCCUCAGAGCAGGGACGCCACAAAGCCUUUUCCACGUGCCUCCCUCACCUGGCUGUGCUCUUCCUGCUUAUCAGCACUGCUGUCUUUGCCUACCUGAAGCCUCCUUCUAUGUCUUCCCCAGCCCUGGAUCUGGUGUUGUCAUUGCUGUACUCAGUGGUGCCUCCAGCACUGAAUCCUCUCAUCUACAGCCUGAGGAACCAGGAGCUCAAGGAUGUGGUGAGGAAGCUGGUGACUGGAGGUGUUUCAGCAGUCAUACACUGCUUGCUUUCCUCUGCAAAGGGCUCCCAGUGGAGGUCAUGACAGGUCAUGUCUGUCUUCCCUGCUUUACAUUUGUUUUCCUGUUUCAAUUUGUGAUGAUGUUGUCUUCAUAGAAAUGUCACUUUUCAUUUCCUUCUCCUUGAGUAGCAACUCGUGUUGUGUAAGCCACAGACUUUGUGUCACUGUGGGUCUCUCAUUGUAUUUAAGGGUAAUAA